AUGUCUACACCGUCAGAAUUAAGUUUUGAUGAAAUACUGAAAUUCAUGCUAGCUCAUAAUGGAAAGGUCACAAAUCACGAACUAGUGAAACAUUUUAAAGUGUUUCUCAUGAAUCCUGACAUGCGAGAUGAGGCCAGAAAUACGUUUAAGAAGCACGUUAAUGCCUUGGCAAUUAUAAAAAAUCAAAAUAACGAAAAAUGGUUAAUUCUAAAAAAGAAAUACAUGCCGUCUAACGGUAAAGAUAGUGACGAUGUAGUUGGAAAUAAAGUAUCAGAUCUGCAGUCCAGUAUAGCAGAUGCUGAAGGUUCAUCAGAGCCUAAUAAUAUUUCACAGCCCGUUACAUAUCAACCACCACCACCCCUUCAGCUCAAUCAAGACUUUAGUAUUUUGACAAAUAUUAUUCAUGACGCAAAUAUGGGUGUAGUCCCUAAAACGCCAGAAACACCAAAUAGUGAAUCAAAAGAAAGUCUUUUAUCACCUUCAAAUGAAGAUAUUCCUCCCAAAGUUCAUCCUAGGAGGAAAACAUCUGAAAAACUAGAGAAACAAUGUUCUAGCAUACCUUCCUACAGUGGUCCCCAAUCACCAAUGGCCAAUCAAGAUGUAUCAGAAUCCAAUGAAACCUUGUCCCCAUCAUUAACAUCAUCAAGAAGUGAAAGCAUGUUGGUAGAUAAUGAACACAAAAUUUCUGUUAAAGAGAGAAAACAAAUGUUUAACAGGAUGGCUUCGGAGAGUGAUGUACCCAAAUCUCACAAGUUGAGCUUCAACAAUUCGAGCGUCGAUGAAGAGGAUAGAGUAUCUUUGGAUCAUAAAGGCGAAACGGAUCCCUUAGACUCAAAACAGAAACAAUGGAUUCUAUGCGCAGCCAGGGGCGAAUACCAUUCUCUCGCGAAAAUGUGCAAAGAGAACCCGAAACUUGUAAGGACUAAGGUACUGUAA